AUGUCGAAGCCGACUUACCUUCUGGUCUCUGUUCCCUCGUCCAUUACUCCAUCCGGCCACAAGGACGAUGCCUUGGGAUCUGUUCAGAAAGCUGUCAACCCAUCGAACGGCGACGUCCAGCCCUUCUCCCUUCCCGAAUUCAAGAUCGGCACCCUCGAUGCUUGCUUGCAGCAGUCGGACGAAUUGGCUAAGCUGGAGAAUGUAUGCAAUGGAGUGGUGAGCAAGGUGGCAGAUACCCUAAAGAAUGUCCUGGACGGGGACGAGGAGAAGGCGAAUACACACAAGAGCGUCAACGACAAACCUUUAGAUCAGUACCUUUCCAACUUCUCCUGGAACAAGGUCAAAUACCGCGCUGACAAACCCAUCGCCGAGCUGCUCAGUCUACUCCAGAAAGAAAUCAACUCAAUAGACAACGAUGUCCGCUCCAAGUUCAAUCAAUAUAAUUCUCUCCGCACCAAUCUCGCUUCCCUACACCGCAAGCAGUCUGGGAGUCUGGCAACCAAGUCUCUACUCUCCAUCGUCAACCCCAAAAUACUUGUGCAGACCUCUGGCUCAGAGCACCUCGAGACCCAUCUCGUCGCUGUCCCAUCCUCCUCCGUCAAGGAAUUCAACCGCUCGUACGAAACCGUCUCCCCCAUGGUCGUGCCCCGUUCCGCCUACCUGGUCGACUCCGACUCCGAGUACACAUUAUACGCGGUCACGGUGUUCAAGAAGCACGCGCAGGACUUUGUGCACAAGGCGAGGGAGCACAAAUGGAUUCCGCGAGACUUCAAAGCGCAGGAGGGUGGCAAGGAGGAAGAGGUCAGAGAACUGCGGAAGGCAGAGAGCGAGGAAAAGAAGGUAUGGGGAGAGAUCCUGCGACUGGGGCGGACGGGCUGGAGUGAGGGUGUUAUGGCGCUAGUCCACGUUGUGGUGCUGCGAAUGUUUGUGGAAACGGUACUGCGGUACGGCUUGCCGCUAGACUAUGUCGGGGCCGUGGUGAAAACCGACAAGAAGCGUGUAGAGAAAGCUCGCAAAGGCAUGGAUUCCGAGUAUUCCUACCUGGCUGGCAACGCCUUUGGUCGGGACUCUAAAGGCAGGAUACAAAAGGAAGACACCUCGGUCGGCGGGCCGGAUGUUGGCGGUGCUGAGGCCGGUGCAGAGUACAGCGCAUACGUGUGCUGCACCAUCGAUGUUGACUGA